CUGGAGUUUCUCUGUGCUGUUCCUGAGGUGGCCUCCCCUUCAGUGACCCUGAUGGCCAUGAGGAAGACAGUCCUCUGACUGCCGCCCCAGUCUCUGGGACACAACUGAGGAGAUGAGCACUAUGACCAGGUGGCAGCCUUGGGUUCCCCCAGUCACCUGCUGCAGGGACAGCUGCAGUCUUGAGUGCCUACGUCUGGCUUGGAGACUCUUGAGACUAUGAGGGGCAGGAAGCAGGACCCAAAGGACAGGGAGGGUGUGGCUGCCCAGUCUAGAAGGAUGAGCAAGGUUUGCCGUCAUCUGGAGAAGCUCAGGCUGAUGAACGCUGUCUGGAAUCUCCCGCCGCCUCUCGCCCUCACCGCAGCUUGGUGGCUGAGGUCCACUUGCAGCUGCAAACCACCUGCGCCAGCUGUGUGACUCACUCAUGCCCCUUUAAAGCCACACCAGGUCAGGGCAGCGGCCACUGGAGAAGCCAUGGCUCUUGGGCUCUGCUGUUCCCGCUGGGCAUUGCUCUGCUGGCUGGCGGCAUCUGUGGCACAAGGAGCAGAAGGGCUGGCUGUGCCUCCGGGAGGCGGCCCACAGCACAACGCUCCCCCUACAGACUGCCAGAUCUUCACACUCACCCCGCCGCCUGCCACCAGGAGCCCGGUGACCCGACCCAGGCCCGUCACGAGGACCCCCAGACAGCCCCUGCUCAUCUUCCCGCAGUGGCCCAGGGUCCCCCCCAGAUUCCCAGGCAAACCUUUCCUGCCUCCCUCCUGCAACCGUCGCUUCCCGUGGCAGGCGUGGUUCUGGCCACGCUGCUGCCUGCCUCGCGGAAGAUGUUUCCUGGGGACAGAACUCCGUGAGGGAAGCUCCUCGGAGGAGACUAGGGAGGGGAGAGGCCUGCGCUUGAGGAGCAGGAGGAGACGUGACCUCUGACGAGGCUUGGGAAGAUUCCAUGUCCUCCUCGCCAGUAGAGCUGUGAGGCCACAACUUGAAGCAAUGCAGUGGCCUCAACUAGAAAUCGUUCUCCCCAUCAGCAGCGAAGACAACGGAUUAUAGCUGAUUUCUGUUUGCAAUUCAGGGCAGCUACUUUGUCAUUCUUAUUCCUCGGUGGAUUAAUGCAAAUAAAGUCCAAAAAUGGGAUGUUCCAAUAACUCUAUCUACACUGACAGCCUGAAGAGUCAGCCUUCCCUUCUAAAUACAGGGAAGAGCAUCUGAAGAGAGAUCACUAUGACUCACUGAGGACACGAAUGGCUCUUUUUUAUGUUCUGUAGCAAAUUUA